AUGAUUGCGCCGAAGCAUUUGCGGAGCGCUGCGGCCGCGCUCGUCACGACGGCCACACUUGCCUUGGCUGGUCCAGCGUUCGCUGAUCUAAACGUUUACGAGGCUGAAGCUGGGGGCGAAUUCGGCAUUGGCUCAGCGCAGCAGUACGGCGAGGCGGACGUGCAGGGUCGGGACUUUAGCGGUCAGGAUCUCCGCCGCUCCAACUUCACAUCCGCCGACUGCCGUAACGCCAACUUCAAGGGGUCUAACUUGCAAGGGGCAUACUUCAUUAAGGCGGUCACCUACCGCACAAACUUCGAGGAUGCCAAUCUGUCGGAUGUGCUGAUGGACCGAGCCACCAUGGUGGAGGCCAACCUGCGGAAUGCGGUGCUGCAGAGGGCCGUCUUCACCAGGUCAGAUCUGAAGGAUGCGGUGGUGGAGGGAGCGGACUUCACGAACGCGCUGCUGGACAAGACGCAAGUGAUGGCCCUUUGCAAGUACGCAGACGGGGUCAACCCAGUGACGGGCGUCAGCACUCGCAAGUCGCUGGGAUGCGGCAGCCAGCGGCGGUACAAGGCCAGCUACCCCUCCAAUCCGGACGGACCUCAAGUAGCCGACGACGAGAAGGAAGCCUUCAGGAAGACAUUGCCCGUGUACCGCCAGUGA